AUGUCGUCGUCUUCACAAGUGUCAGAGGACUUUAUCGAGGACGACUUCAACCUCACAGGCCUGCAGUCGCAGGUGCCCAUGUACAAAGAGGCGCUGGAAAUGAUACUGGACGUUGAGCCAGAAGACGACGAGGAGGACGAGGAAGAAGAGGAAGAGGACGAGGAUGAAGACGACCUGGGCGACGAACGAGCGCCAGGAUAUCGCAGAGCAAAUGACCGGAGACACCUGCGGAUAGCCUCAGAUCUUAGUGUGAUAGAGAGCUCCGCCGAGCUGCUCUACGGCCUCAUACACCAGCGCUACAUCACGUCACGACCAGGCAUCCAGCAAAUGGCUGAAAAGUACGAACUACAACACUUUGGGACCUGCCCGCGCGUCCACUGCAACUCGUGUAAAGUCCUCCCCGUAGGACUGAACGACAGUCCUGGCCACGAGACUGUCAAGCUCUUCUGCCCUUCCUGCCUCGAUGUUUACACCCCGCCCAACUCGCGGUUCCAGACUGUCGACGGCGCCUUCUUCGGCACGACCUUCCCCUCGCUAUUUUUCAUGACCUUUACUGAUCUCGACAUUGGUGGCGGCCUCCGCAGUAAUGCAGCCGCGACAAUCGACGCCCUGGCGCAAUUGCAGGCCCAAACCUCGGAUGGCAAGUCGCGCAACACCACACCUUCAAACGUCACGUCGAUAAACGGCGUGGCACCACACAACCUCGCUCCCGGUCUCGGCACGGGCAGCAUCUACGAGCCUCGCAUCUACGGCUUCCGCGUCAGCGAGCGCGCACGCUCUGGCCCGCGUAUGAAGUGGUUACGACUCCGCCCAGCAGACGUUACCGAACUCGACGAAACACGCAGAUACUGGGAAGAUCGCGACGAUGACGCCGACCGGCCCGACGACGACGAUUUGAAUAUGGUGGACGUUGCGGAAGGGGGGAAAGCAGGUGUUUCCGCAGACAGGCGGAAGAAGGCCAUACGUACUAGGAGACGGCCAGCAAAUGGCGGCGCAGCGGGUAGCCCAAUGGACACCAACGGUGUAGGGGCUGGACCCGCGGGCUAG